AAUCAGACCAGAAAGAUUUUUGAAGUUAGCUGCAGAAAUUAGUGAGGUUUUUCCUGGCGAGGACGAGCGUUUGUAUUACAUUCCACGAUGUGUGUAUAAUGGUAAAGAAGUUGCGCCAAAAGGGAAAUUAUAUAACCAAUAUACAAAUUUAGUAAAAAAAUUUCGGCUGAACGAUCUUCGAGGUAAAUCUGCACAUAAUGUAGAAGAAAAAGAAAAUAACGAUUGUAACGACGAUGACACAAGUGUCGCAAAUGAUUUGGCAUGGUUGUCAAUAAGACUGGAACCAUGGACUACCGUACAGGAAAAAUGGCAGGCUACCAGUAAAUAUCGGCUUGCUAUUUUACAAAAACAAGAAACCAAUAAUUCUCGCAAGCGCAAGAACAGUGAUCAGCCACCACCAGAUAAAGUAUCAGAUUAUAUUAAAAAGUACAGGGCGCUACGAUCCCCUGAUGGAUACACAUUGCUCGAAUUGGAUUUUUUACAAUUGUAUCCGCAGUCCGAUAUAAAUCUGACGAGUAAGUGGACAAAGUUUGUCCAGAAAGUGCUGGAGUUUAGUCCAUCCGAGAUCGAUGGUUUAGCAGAUGAGUCACCAGUCACAAUUUUGCAUAAGUUUGCUAAACUUUUUGAGCCAGUAAUACUGAAUGCACGAAUUGGCAAAUUCAAGACGCGGCCGACUAGAGCAGAAAUUGCGGAAGGAUUGGUAUUGCACGUAAAGGUAUGUAAGUACCCAGUGCAAAGUGAACGCCCGUGGUUGGUACUACAGCAGAUCAUUUAUGACAUCUACACGCCGUGGGACGCUCAGAUUCCUGCUGUGAUACAAAUGUGUAAGAAGUUUGCACUCGCGUAA